GGUAGACUUACCAAAAGAUGAGCCUUCGAGUUAUUGCGGUCUCUUUCUUUCCCUUUAUAACUCUCUCUCUUUUCCUCUCUGGAGUUAUCCAUACAACAAGCUGCUCUCUCUGUUUCCUGCUCUGUCCUGCUUGCUAGGGUUUCUCUAUAAUUUGGACGGCGGGGAUCAAACUAAAACAAGUUUUGUGCUUCACUUUUGCCUGAUUUCCGGGCAUCCCUCAGAGGCUGAGUCGGUAGGCAGAAUUUAUGUUGAACAAAGGAAGACAGGGAACCCAAUGCUCUAUGCAGCAGUACUUUCGGAUUUUGGUGAUGCGUAAAAGAACAAAUGUAUUUUAGGGGAAAAGAAAGUGUUCAUUCCAAAGAGUCUUUUUCUUUUUGCUAUUACUGAUGACAUUUUGGAAACUGGUUGCCCUGGAGAGAAGGCAUAUUAAAGAUUGUUCCAAUUUCAUGCUUCUUCUGGCUUAGGACUGCAUACAUAAAAUUAGAGGAUAUCUCUUGAUAAAGUUUGAAACUUGUGAACUUGGGCAAUAUGGAGAAAGGAUCAAAGGGCAAGUUGAAGGAUCCAGGGGUCUCUAUAAUGAAGUCAUCUUCGAGUGCUGCAUCUUUGAAAAGACCACGAAGAACCAAUAAUGGAGCCCAAAUUGCUUCAUGCUUGGUUGAUGGGUGCAAUUCAGACCUUAGCGAAUGCAGGGAUUAUCAUCGACGCCAUAAAGUAUGUGAGCUCCAUUCAAAGACCUCAAAAGUUACAAUCAAGGGCCAGGAACAGCGGUUCUGCCAGCAAUGCAGCAGGUUCCAUUCAUUGGAGGAGUUUGAUGAAGGAAAAAGAAGCUGCAGAAGACGUCUUGCUGGACACAACAAACGCCGAAGGAAGCCUCAAUUAGAACCCAUGUCCACAAAUUUGGGAAGAUUCCUUUCCAGUUACCAAGACACAAGAUUCUUACAAUUUGGUAGUCCGCAAGUGUGUCCAACAAAUGCUGUAAUGAACUCUGCAUGGGGUGGGGCAAUGAAAGCAGAGAAUGAUGAUGUGCUUCUUCAUAGCCACUCGCAGUUAAGUGAGACGAGAAGAAACUUAUUUCCAGGAUCUUUGGCGUGUCAACAGAGCAUUGAGUCCAUGCUCUCUCAAGCUUCUGCCUGCCAACAACUUGUUGGUACCGACUUUGCAUUGGGAAAUUCAGGCAACAGCCACAAGAUGUUCGCCAAAGGAUUAUACCGCGACGUUGAAUCCAAUCGUGCUCUCUCUCUUCUGUCAUCGACACCAGCAUCCCGGGGGGAGAUUGGUUUGAGCCACACAGGGCAGUCCAGUUCAAUCUGGCCAGCUCAGCCCCUGAUCCCUAGACUGCGCUACAAUGUUUUGGGAAUGGUGGACGAGGCUGCCAUUUCCAAUUCGGUUGCUGAUGGCAGCAGCAAUGCCAAUAAUAUGCAUUUCCAGGGCAUGUUUCAGAUUAUAUCUGAUGGCUCAACUGCUGGUGCCCCUCACUAGAAACCCUAUACAGCUGGUGGGGGUAAUUUAAUCUGCAAAGAUCUAGGGAUUAAGCAUUUGACUGCCCAUGUAAAAUUGAGAGAGAUCAAAAUGUCUCUAGUUUGUAUUUUUCUCGUACCCCUGGAGAGAAAUAAUCAUGCUGCUAUAUAAAAGUAUUGUCUAUUUCCACGAUGUAACCAUUUUAUAAGUUCACUCUGAGAGUCUGAAUCAUAUUUGUCUGAGCUGAUGAGACUUUUUCUAUUUCAACACAAUACA